GAUGGAUACACUACCGAUCAUGAAACCCAACUAUGUUUUCAUUCUCGUCUGUUGCAUACUCUCAGUUUCUCAGGCGACGGUCGCCGCUCCGGCGGCUUCCAACGGCUUCCGGGUUCGCGGUGUUAAUCUCGGCGGGUGGCUAGUCACUGAAGGAUGGAUCAAGCCUUCUCUCUUUGACGCCAUUCCCAACAGUGAUCUCCUGGAUGGAACUAAUGUCCAAUUUAUAUCUGUUACGGUCGGAAAGUAUCUGUCUGCAGAGUCCGGCGGCGGGACGAUCUUGGUUGCUAAUAAACCUAAAGCUUCGACUUCGGAAAUUUUCAGACUUUGGAGGAUCAAUGAGACCACCUUUAACUUGAGGGUGCACAACAAUCAAUUCGUGGGAUUAAACACGACCAACGGUGACACAGGAGUCAACCUCGUGGCUCGCGAAAUGACACCAGGUAUAUCGGAGACAUUUGUGAUUCUUAGAAACUCCGAUUACCCAAACCUUGUUCGGAUUAAGGCCUCUAAUGGGUUUUUCUUACAGGUGAAGACGGAGGAGCUCGUCACUGCAGAUUCUAAAGGGAAUGAGGGGUGGAGUGACGAUGAUCCCUCGGUUUUUAUCAUGUCAAGCUUUAGACAAUUCGAAGGAGAGUUUCAAAUUACAAAUGGCUACGGUCCAUUAAUGGCACCAAAAGUUAUGAGGGAACACUGGGAAACAUUCAUAGUGGAAGAGGACUUCAAAUGGAUCUCCAACAAUGGACUAAAUGCAGUGAGAAUACCAGUUGGAUGGUGGAUUGCUAGCGAUCCAAACCCUCCAAAGCCCUUCGUCGGGGGAUCCUUGAAGGCUUUAGAUAAUGCUUUUUUAUGGGCUAAGAAAUAUGGACUCAAGGUUAUCAUAGAUCUUCACGCUGCACCAAGAUCUCAAAAUGGGUUCUUUAAUGGCGGCUGCAGAGAUGGGAGUCUGGGAUGGGGCAUAGACAGCCUUGAUCAAACUGUUGGCGUCAUUGAUUUUCUCACUGCUAGGUACGCUGAGAACCCGAGUCUAUACGCGAUACAGCUGAUGAACGAGCCGGUGCUGUGGGAUUCACUAGAGAUAGUGAUGGAGUACUACAAAGCCGGUUACAAGGCGGUUCGGAAGCACUCAUCCACCGCGUACGUGGUGAUGUCCACUCGGAUGGGGAUCGCAAACGUGACGGAGCUCCUCCCCUUCGCUGCCGAGUACGAGGGAUCCGUCAUCGACGUCCAUCUCUACGACUACGGGUACACCACCGUGCAGGACAGCCUGGACUUCAUCAACACCUACUACAAAGACACGCUUAACGCCGUGACAACCUCAAACGGGCCCCUCAGUUUCGUGGGGGAAUGGGUGGCGGUUUGGGGCGUUGAAAACGCCACAAAGGAAGAGUAUCAGCGAUUUGUUAAGGCCCAGCUUGAAGCGUUUGAGGUUGCCACUUUUGGUUGGGCGUAUUGGACGCUCAAAAAUGUGAAGAAUCAUUGGAGUUUGGAGUGGAUGAUAAAGAAUGGUUAUAUCAACUUCACAGAGUCUAAUUCCAUCUCAUCUCAUCUCUCCAUUUAAUAUAAUAUAUAGUAUGAAGCAAUCCUAGCUAAGCUACCUUCUACCUCGGCUAAUGCAUGUAAUCCUUCAAAAUUUUAAUAAAUUAUAUUGUUGGUCUGGGUUGGUUUUAGUAUAAUAAUAAGACAACAAUUAUAUUAUUAUUAA